UACGCGAGACAUGAAGUGACUUGCCAUUUAAGGUUAGGGACCGACCAAUUUCUUGCCAAGUUCGAGAGGAAAAUGUCCAGUUUUCUCAGUAUGUCAAGUAGAUCAAGCACGUGGAAACAAUAACCUUUGAAUAAACAAUACGAAGUUACAGCAGAAAUACGAUUUCUAAAUAAUAAUUUCUUACUAUAUUUAUAGAAAGUAAUACAUAAGACAGCCAACAUUCAGUCUUCAACUGGAAAAACCGACGGCAACGCAGUCAUGAAGGAUACAGAAGUGGACACAAAAAAUAUUAUAAAAAAUAGAGAAAUGCUCUAUAGAUUAAUGAUAAGUCAAUUGUUUUACGAUGGUCACCAAACAGUAGCUGUACAAUUGUCAAACUUGACUCAAGCAGAGCCUCCAUGUCCACCGUCAGAUCGCUUGUUACAUCUUAUGUUAAUUGGAAUGGCAAAUGAACCAGAUAGAUCAAAGAAAGAUAGCAAUCAUGUGUCAUCAUUUACACCAGUUGAGAAUACAUUAGGACCUGGAUUAGAUUUAGAAUUUGAAUGUGAAGCCACUACUCAAGCACCAGAACCAGCACAAUAUGAAACGGCAUAUGUCACUUCACAUAAAGGAAAUUGUAGAGCAGGUGCAUUUUCUGCUGAUGGACAGCUUAUAGCCACUGGUUCAGUUGAUGCUUCUAUUAAAAUUUUGGAUGUUGAUAGAAUGUUGGCUAAAUCAGCUCCUGAAGAGGUAACGCCAGGGGAUCAAACUGGAGGUCAUCCUGUAAUUAGAACAUUAUAUGACCACUUGGAAGAAGUCACAUGUUUGGAAUUUCAUCCCAGAGAACCUAUUUUAGUUUCUGGGAGUAGAGAUUUUUCAGUGAAACUCUUUGAUUACAGUAAAGCUAGUGUUAAAAAAGCUUUUCGUACAAUCACAGAUUCAGACCAAAUCAGAUGCUUGUCUUUUCAUCCAACUGGUGAUUACCUUGUUGUUGGGACAAAUCAUCCAGUGAUACGUUUGUAUGAUGUUAACACUGCACAAUGUUAUGUAUGCAGUAUUCCUAAUCACCAGCAUACAGGUGGUAUCACAAGCAUAAAAUAUUCUCCUGAUGCAAAAACUUAUGCAUCGGCAAGUAAAGAUGGUAGUAUCAAACUAUGGGAUGGAGUUUCCAAUAGGUGCAUAAACACAUUUGUGAAAGCACAUGAUGGAUAUCAAGUAUGCUCAGUAGCUUUUACAAGAAAUGGAAAGUAUUUAUUGUCUUCUGGCAAAGAUUCUUUAAUUAAACUCUGGGAAUUAUCAACAAGCAGGUGUUUGAUUGCCUAUACUGGUGCAGGAACUACAGGUAAACAAGAGCAUAAAGCCCAAGCUAUAUUCAAUCAUACAGAAGAUUAUGUAAUGUUUCCUGAUGAAGCUACUACAUCUUUAUGUGCCUGGAACUCUCGAAAUGCUUCAAGGAAACAGUUACUAUCACUUGGACACAAUGGUCCAGUACGUAUGAUUGUACACUCGCCAGUUGCACCAGCAUUUUUGACCUGCAGUGAUGACUUUAGAGCAAGAUUUUGGUGUAGGCGUAUGCCAACACAUUGAACAUAUAAUACAGUACGGAUUGAAUAGAAUAUUUAAAAAGAAUAAUUUUAAGACAAUUUUUCAUUAAUUUAUUGGUCUUAGUUGUAAUAACUAUCUUUUAAUUAAAUUAUUAAGCAUCUCAUGAUAUGGUAUUAAAAAUUUUCUACAAUCAAUUGAAUACUAUGGACUACAUUUAAUUUUCAAUUGAGAAUCAAGUCAAAUGGACUAAUUGAACUAUCAAGUCAGUCAUUAAAUAUUAGUGUAUAUAUUUCUUUUACCAAUUAUCAACCAUAAUUUUAUUAAAUUUUUUAAAUAUUUAAUUAUCUACUUAACUUUUGCAUAAAAGAUUUUUACUACACAUGAAUAUUUAUACUACGUGUGAUGUAUAUGAAUAAACACUUCGAGUUAUGUCUACAAAGAUGUUUAUAAUUAAAAUUUUAUAUGAAACAAGGAGUACAUUAUACUUGCAACAUUGAAGAUUAGAUAUUGAAUUGUAAGACCUAUAUUUUCAAUAUUGAUUAAAAAAUGAAUGAAACUGAAAAUCUCCAACACUGUAUGUGUAUA